GUGAGGCGAAACGUUAGGCUCCGCGCGGGAGUCUCGUGGCCGCCCGUUCCCUCUCGAGAGUCGGGGUGCCUUUUCCCACGAACCACAAUUUACACACAGACACGCCGCACCACGCUACCCCCCUGCCACCGCCGUCACCACCACCACCCCGUCCCCCUGUCUCCCGUCCGCCCGGGCCCCCUCUCUCCUCCCAGCACCCCCGCCGGUUCGUCGCAUCGUGAAAUUUCACGCAUCUUUUUUUGCGGCUCCGUGCUUUUGUGAUAAAAGAAAAAACGCGCCGGCACGCAUGCACGACUUCCGGUAGGCGGCCUCCUCCGGAAAUGGUUCCGGUGUAGAAAUCUUGUGGUUAGAUCGGGGGGUCGGCGACACACGCCGCUUUCUCCGUGUGCCUCCGCGUCGUCUCGCGGGGGUGCGGAUAGUCCCGUAGACGCGGCACGCGCUUGGAUGCUGCGAAACCGGCCGGAAGACUUCAACGCUCCGAUCGAGCGUCGAGCGACGCCGGUCGUCGUUUCGCGAUCGUCGACGAUCGCAAAUGAUUUCUUUCCCCACGUCAGGAUGUCGUUAAUUUGCGGAUUGAAAGUUAGUGCGUGAUUUUCUAUCAAUUUUUUUUUAAGAUCUCUGACGCGCGAAUGUCGAGAAGUGCGAAAGUUUUGAUCCGCUCGUUGCACUUGAGAUAUUAUUUUAGAGAUAUUAUUUUAGAGUGAGGUGUCGCAUUUCCGAAAAUGAUUCUACGUGACUAUUAAAUUUACAUGGAAUAUUUAACUCGCGGGUCGAGGGUCGAGAGACCCUCAGGCCAUACACACACACGUACGGAAUAAUAAGUUAAAUUACUGCUUUCAAAUCUCAUCAGGAAAAGUCACUGAAUCACGCGAGGUUGAAUGAAAAGAAAAAAGAAGAUAAAUCUUUCUGGGAUUCUGUAUGAAGAUUGAACGCGCGAAUGAUUUGAAAUUUUUGAUGCGACGCCAGAUAUUCAAUGCCAAUGUCUUUGAAGAGCCUCUUGAGAAAGGGAUUUGAAAAUCCGUGAAAGGAGCAUAGUGUCUUCGAGGUCGAAAGUUCACGAGGACUCCGACUGCGGCUGUUCGUACGCGUGACUGACUCCGAUGAUCUCUGACGUUGACGUUGAUGAUCUAUCGAAUUUUAAUUGUUCAAUCAAGUAAUUAUAUCGAGCUUUAAAAGUUUAUCCGUACAUGCAUUCUCUUACUUUCAUGUUAAUAUUGUUAAUUAGCUUAUCCACUCCUUUUGACGUAUCUGAAUGCUUAAUCUAAAUGCGCGACUAACGUUGUAUUUGAACUUUAAUUACGAAAUUCCGUUACGCUCUAUUAUUUCGGUCGACAGUUACUUGAACCUCGUAACUCAUCCGAUUAUAGUUUCAUUCAAAUUUUAAUUUUAAUUCGAUCAUUAUUAAAUGUAUUACAUCAAUUAAUCACACGGUCAGCAAUGUGUCUACACCAAGUAGGUUAAUAUGUUAAAACAGAUUAACUUCAGUUAGACUAACAUCUCGCUAUUGACAUUACGAAUUUCUCGCAAGACUCGACCGAGUAACAAGCCUCGGCUAGGUGUCGGACAAAUAACCAGCUAUAGUUCAUUAAGAAUUCAUGAGAGAUUUAUCUAAUUUUAGAUUUUUAAUUGCGCGACCGGGGUCCAAUUCGGUUUCGCCGCCGACGUUUCAAUCCAUGUGUCUAAUCCGAACAACCGUAUCGACGAGGUCGAUCGAUCGAUCGCGGACGAAGGUGAAAUACGUCCUGGCAGAGACCUUAUGGGGUAACGCGGGCUCGCGAUGCGGUGGGACGCCGCGUGUGUUUCCCUUGUCCGCGAGCUCUCUCACGCACCGCCAAUGCGGCUGAGAUCGCGCGAUCCCAUUGGCUGCUCCCGUGCCGUGGUGUCGGCGAUGGGUACGUCCAGGUUCGACGCUCGUUGCCCGACCGAGGUGUGCGCGCGUAGACACUGCGAGGAAACGUUCAACCAGUUAGGCCAGACGGGCGAUCGUGGGAGGAGGAAGGCGCGGGACUCUCGCCUCGGGAGACGCUUAUCGAGGAUCAGCUGCCGAAUAACUGGUCGAUUAAAUGAAUUGUCGCGCGGUAUCGAUGGUGCCUUUCGGCGGUUCAAGUCGCUUUGCAUAAAGCUUGCAUUUUUAUUUUGCGCGCGAGUGUGUGACUGUGCGAUUUAGUGGGUUUUUUUAGCGAGCUCGGGAACUCAUAAAUUUGGGAAAAUUUUUUAAAUUGUGGCGGAGAUAAAGAAUCUUAGAUUUGAAAUGAGAAGUCGUCAUAAGAAAUCCAAGAGACAGCACCCGAGCAUCUGAAAUAGUCGAAAAAAUUUAUACUCUUUUAAAAUCUUUGGGUAUAUCAAUGUAAUGGCACUAAUAUAAUGGUUUCUGGCUCUGUAAAUAAUUUUAAUAUGAAUCUUUCGCAGAUCCACGAGCCAACGUCAAUCAUCAACGAACCUCGAUUAUUUAGACGAUGUUCGAAGCGAGAUAGAGUCGGCGAUUAGUCAUUUCAAUAAGUUAUCAACAAUCACGGUAAAUAAAAGUCACCGGUUAGGCUCUGUGCCAGUUUUUUGAUCGAUCCGAAAACCGCUUCUUUUCAAAAUUAUAAUACAUCCACACAAGUCGUGCGUACGUGCCGGUCUCGUGCUGCGUCUGGCUCGAGGCCAGAGUAAACGGGAGAAUGUGCGAAUUCGAGAGGGGCGAUUGGAAAAGACGGGGAUGGACCGAGGAGUGAAAAUGCUGUUUCGUCAAUGAGAGAGGCGAAGGAAGGGCGACUCGUGGCUAAUAUAUCGUGUGACGUGAUUAUUUCGCGGUUAUGCGUAGCGAGACGCGAUUCAGUACCGGGCGUUAUCGCGCCGGCUGCUGAGAGAGGAGAGGCGAGUCCUACGGUCGCUCGUGCUGUAAGGGCGACGACGGGCCCUCGCGUCCUUCGGCCACGCUCCGAAAACGAGCGAAAGUGCAGUGUGCGAUACCCAUUCGAACGCCGUCGUCGACUGCACCUGCAGGGGUGCAUUGAUCCGGCGGUGAGGUGAGUUCGACGGAUCUUGACCCACCGCCGUUCGCCAACUUCCUUCGUUCAGCCAGUGGUUUAACGUUCGUCAGAAGGAAGAGAAAACACCGAAGAAUAGCUCGUCAGGAAAUUCCGCAGACGGCAGUGACGUCGUGAGAACGUCAUCGGUCAUCGCUGUGUGAGAUCGGAGCGUCAGGCGCGAGGAACGCGGAGUGCGGAGUGCACAAAAAAAAAAACGGGACGGUAGUGGUGUUGAGGGUGCGGGGUGCGGGGCCGGCAAAGCCUUGUGACGAAACGAAGGAUUAGAUGGUGGAGGUGCUCGGGGGCCGGGCUAGGGAGCCUACGGGGCCACGCAGGGCACCUCGCACCUACCCAGGGCCAGUGCAGCUGCAGGUGCGCCGUGUGGGCCCCCGCGUGGACGUAAAGGUCACCCCUGCUCCGGUCCAGCUCCUUCGGGCAGACUCGAAGGCAGAUCGCGGAAUUUCUGUCCCCGAGACGAGCUCGGACGAGGGCCAGGAGGCACGAGGCCCCGAGCUCGACGUCGCGCGACACGCACAAAGCGCGAAGAGCGAGAUACCCCCGUCGGAAGGGAUCGAUCCGACGGGACGAGAGGACGAGACGGAGAAGGAGGACGUUGGUCCGAGUGGACGGCCGUUCGCGGCCGGAUUCGAGCACAAGUCGGAGCCCGGAGUGUCGGGCUCCCGCGUAAGGAGCGAGGCUGGCGAGCGCAAUGUGGCAGAGCGGCGGCAUGGGCACCCAUGCGGCCAACAACCCAUGGAUGAAGCUGAUGGGCAUCGUCACCCACAAGGAGCGGAGGCAUCACGAAUCGGCCGCCGCCGCCGCUGCCGCGUCUGGAGUGCAGGGUUCAGCGACCACCGGCAGCAACGAUCGGACGCUCAAUCAAUCGCUGCCGAAACUCAGCAGCCAGGACGAGGAUGGGACGAACCCCCACACCCAAUACACAGGCGUCACACACUUCGAACCCAUACCGCACGAUCAUGACUUCUGCGAAAGGGUCGUCAUCAACGUGAGCGGGCUACGGUUUGAAACACAGCUGCGUACGCUGAACCAAUUUCCGGACACGCUGCUCGGCGAUCCGACACGGCGGCUCCGAUACUUCGAUCCACUGCGCAACGAAUACUUUUUCGAUCGGAAUCGACCUUCCUUCGAUGCCAUACUCUACUACUAUCAGAGCGGCGGCCGCCUACGCCGCCCGGUCAACGUCCCGCUCGAUGUCUUCUCCGAAGAAAUCAAGUUCUACGAGCUGGGCGAGAUGGCUACCAACAAGUUCAGGGAGGACGAGGGCUUCAUUAAGGAGGAGGAGAAGCCGCUGCCGUCGCACGAGUUUCAGAGGAAGGUCUGGCUCCUGUUCGAAUAUCCGGAAAGCUCGCAGGGUGCCCGAGUGGUCGCCAUAAUCUCCGUCUUCGUGAUCCUCCUGUCGAUCGUGAUCUUCUGUUUGGAGACGCUACCCGAGUUCAAGCACUACAAGGUCUUCAACACGACGACGAAUGGCACGAAAAUCGAGGAGGACGAAGUGCCGGACAUCACGGACCCGUUCUUCCUAAUAGAGACUAUCUGUAUCAUCUGGUUCACGUUCGAGUUAACAGUGCGCUUCCUCGCCUGCCCAAAUAAAUUCAACUUCUUCCGUGACGUAAUGAACAUCAUCGACAUCAUCGCGAUCAUUCCAUAUUUCAUCACCCUCGCCACGGUGGUGGCCGAGGAGGAGGACACGCUGAAUUUACCCAAGGCGCCGGUAAGCCCGCAGGACAAAAGUACGAACCAGGCGAUGUCCUUGGCGAUACUCAGGGUGAUCAGGCUGGUCCGAGUGUUCCGGAUAUUCAAGUUAUCCAGGCACAGUAAAGGCCUCCAGAUCCUCGGGCGGACCCUCAAGGCCUCCAUGAGGGAACUCGGGUUGCUCAUCUUUUUCCUUUUCAUCGGUGUGGUGCUGUUUUCGUCGGCGGUCUACUUCGCGGAGGCCGGCACGCAGGACAGCUUCUUCAAAUCGAUACCGGACGCGUUCUGGUGGGCGGUGGUCACAAUGACGACCGUGGGAUACGGGGACAUGAGGCCCGUGGGAGUUUGGGGGAAAAUUGUGGGCUCGUUGUGCGCGAUUGCCGGUGUCCUGACGAUUGCUCUGCCCGUUCCCGUAAUCGUCUCCAAUUUCAACUACUUCUAUCAUCGUGAGACUGACCAGGAGGAGAUGCAAUCGCAGAACUUCAAUCACGUGACUAGUUGCCCGUAUCUUCCUGGCACCUUAGGUUUGAAGAAGAUCUCGAUGUCGGAAUCCUCGUCGGAUAUAAUGGAGUUAGAGGAAGGCACCCUAUUUACUCAUCCGGAGAUUACGAAGAAGUCAAAUUGCAACCCUCGCCACAAUAACAAUAUCAAUCCAGCCUGCAUGAGCAUCGAGACUGAUGUCUGACUACUAGUGAAGGAGACGGUGGCAGCGUGGUGGCCGUUACUGAGCCAGUUGUCAAAGGGCAACUGCAUCUCCCUGCGGUGCCUGACGUAGGCCUCCUUCACCCGUCAUCAUAGUCGUAAGCUGCUGGCAUCACUCGCCAGCCUGUCCAGGUCCGUCAUUGCGAGGGGCGUCUCGGGUCAGAAACACGCGAAGGAUCACAGAGGAUCGUGAUUCCUCCGGGGAGCCUGCUUUUUCCCAUCUGAGAUGUAUACGAGAAACGGAAGAGAGGUAGGGUGGGUCCAAGGGCGUGCGGAGAUGGGGAUGAAUCUAUAGCCCGUUCUCGAGACAUCGUCGCCUACCUUCCCGCCACCUUCUCAACGAGCUUGCGCCCCGCGUAAGGACCCACGUGCGAACGAAGGGGACGGGAUAUUCCUCGUUCGCGUGCGAGCGCGCACGCGUGCGGCCCCAACCCCCGACACCACCGACUCCAGUGUUCAAAACAAAAAAUAAUAAAGAUAUAACAAAUGAUAACCGAAGAAACAUCACGGCGUUCUCGUAUAAAGCGCUGUCGAGUGUCCCCCCGUCCCUUACGAGCUCCUCCGACUUUCAGAAUGCCAGACGGGUGAAGUAGAGAAGGGGGAGCUGGUAGGUAGCGGAAGCAACACAAAUGGGGAUUGUACCAGAUAACACUAUAUUAAUUAUUAUCGAUAUAAAUUAAUUGAGUACCGUACACGUAGGGCGAGGGUAAGUUAACAAAGUAUGUUUUAUGAUAAAAUCGCGAAUGCGAGGACAUUUAGAAAAUGCUGCUUGCGGAAAGAGGUGAAAAAGGGAAACCGACAAGAACGCUUUAUAAGAGAUGUAUCAAGAAUGAAGGACUGAAUGAUGAUGGUUACAGAGAUAAAAAGAAAGAGAGGGGGGAGGGCGAGAGGGAAGGAAAAAGAGAGAAAGAGAUGGAGUGUGUGUACGGCGUAGACUGUUUCGUUUCUCUUUUUUUUUCUUUUUUUAAACAAAGGACACCGAAGUCGAUUUUCGAAUCUAUUUAUACGAUAUGUUAUUCGACAAUGGAAUUAAUUUUUUUCGUCUUGUUACAUUCGCACACAUGCACAUGUAACACAUUUAAAUGCUGAUAAAGCGAUAACGUCGACGUUAAUUGAUUGAAGUUCAAUCAUUUCUUAAAGACGAAAGGGUGAUCAAUUUCAGAUUAUUGAUUAUAUCGAUAACCCCAUAAUCCGAAAUAUUUGCAGAAAUGAUGACACAAACGAUUUUUAUGAUAUCCACGUGUGAUUACAAAAAUUACUCUAGCAAUUUUUAAUUGCACCCCCGCUGCUUAAAAUUUACUAUCAUAAACUUAUGUAGAUUGCAUUUUUCAAGAUUAUCGACAUUCGAAUUACGGUACAAUUUUACGUUAUGUUUAUGUUUGAAGCUCUUAUCGUAUAAAAGUUUAUCUAGGUAUUCGCUUAUUCGAAGUUAUCUUCACGCUUAUGUACAUAUAUCCAAAGCGAAGAGAAACUAUAACGUACCAGUAUUAAGUAACGGGGGUGUAUAUAUUGAAUAGGGUCUGAAUAGCGAAUUCCGAGAUGUUAUACAAUAAAUCGGAUACGAAUAUCAAGACGAUGCGAGCAAUUGUAAUGAUAAGAAACGUCCAAAAGAAAAAAAAAUUAAAAAAAACCGAAGAUGUCUGCCGAUGGCGCGCGAAUUUUAUGCCCAAAUCAUAAUUUCAAUCUCUCAAAGUGUACAAUUUGAUAUUUCUGUCUUCGAUAUGUGCGACAACGAUUUCUCGAAAAAAUCGCGGGUGAUUGCUUGCAGAAGCAAGAUAGUGAUGAUGACAAUUAGCAUGCACAAGUUUGAAACAUGUAUGUUAAUAAUAAUUCGUAUAUCACGUUCUUCGUCUUUAUUAAAGCUCAAAGAUGAAAGAAUCACUGUGUGAUUCCUUACGAAAAUAAUUUCUGAUUAAGCUAUCAAGGGUAUCUUUGAUAAUGAAGAAUAGAAACUUGUAAAACGUUGAGAGAAAGCUUAUACAGCUCUUAUAGUGUUUUCCUCUUCCUCUCUUAUAAGUAAAUUUUUUACGGGGUUAGUAUUCUUUGUAAAAGUGAUUUCUAACUUGUUCGGAAAAAAAAUAAAGAAAAAGAAACGAUGUUGCGUUGUAUGUUAUGCCGAUGACAGAAAGAGAAGAGGCCGUUCCCAACUAGCAAAAGCCUUCAAAAGACGUCCCAAAAACGUUUAAAAAACGUCUAAAGGACUUCAGAUGUUCUUAUUUAUAGAUGUCUUUCAAAUGUCCCCAAGACGUUUUUUAGAAACUUUUGCUGGGUUGUUUCGAGCUAUAAGUUAAACAGUAAUUCAUGUCAAAAAAAAGGAAGAGGAAGACAUGCGAUACUGAGAUAAACGAUUGUCUGGAGAACGAAUUGGCAUGCCAAUCGAUCCUCGCACCCAAUCUCACACCGCGUUUUCAAAUCUGUUCAUCUUUCCCCCCGUACGACGAAAGUACGUCGCAGAAUUGCCAAGACUGCCAUAUUUCACACAUCUCUCUCGAUUUAUAAUCGCGCCAAGGAGUCACCCCAAAGUACACUCUACCGGUGUCAAAUCGACCCGAUCCGAUCGAUCUUCUGAUAUGCUGAUUCGAUCUAAACUCCAAAGUCGACUCGUGGGACGUAUCUUCGCUCGCAUAGAGUUCAAGAAAAACACAAAGGAGGAAUCCGCAAAAGAGAAAAUGCAAAGUCCAUUGUUCCAUUUCUCAAGGUUAUCAAUUUUCGAUCGCUGUUUGAUUCGACCAAAAAAGAAAGAAACGAAGCCGCUCACGUAAACUUUUUCAGUAUCCCAUUACUGUAAUGUUAGUUAUAUUUUCCAUUGAUUGUCAUUAAGUUCCGUUAAUAGUGGAAGCUAAUUGAAAUUCGCAGAGUGGGGGAUUUUAUUUAAAAUCUUCGUAUUCAAUUUGAUACUGAAGGAGUUAACUAUUUUCGUUUAGAAUAGAAAAAAGAUGCAAGGCAUGUUUAAGGCUGGUACAUAAUGAAAAGUUCAAAUAAAAUAUAGGAGCAAGAAUUAAAAAAUUAGCCAAUACUAACUUAAAAAAUAAAGAAGUAGUUUUCUUUAUUCGUAGUGGUAACACACGAAAAAGAAAUAGUUGCUGUCGAACGGCAAAAUCAACGGAAUCAUCUCAAUAUCAUAAUUGCCAGUCUUUCAUAAUGCGAGAAUUAGCGGAAUGCUUAGAAAAGGCAUUUAAUUAGAGAAUAAACAUGAUUGAGAGGUCAAAUAUUAUUAAUGUUCCCUCCGUUUUUUAGGGCGGAAGUAGUCUUGCACUAUAAUUGGUGAGAAAAGGGUAUAAGAAUCGUAUCAUGGAUACAUAUUGAUUCUCUAUUCGUUAUUUAAUGCAUUGUGGAUUAAAUGUUUGUCGACACCAAUUUACAUUGGUUGUUCUUACAUUUCAUUUUGUAUCAGCCGUGUUUUAGGCAAGCAAACAAUUACGUUGGAAAACGACGAAGCAAAUAACCAAAGAGAGAAAAGAAAGAGGAAACAAUUCGACUUUAUUAGGUAAUUUUAGAAGUGGAUUUAACAGAUGACUGAUCUCGUCUUUUAAUAGACACAAAUGUUGAUAAUGAAAUUUUAGUCCGCAGUACGAUAGAGAUUGCAAACGGGAUAGAGAGAUAGAGGAUGACAUGCGUGCGUGUCAGGGAGUGAGAGUGAGAAUGAAAGUGAGAGUGAGAGUGAGAAUGAGAGUGAAAGUAAGAGUGAAAGAGAGAGAAAGAAAGAAAGAAAGAGAGAGAGAGAGAGAGAGAGAGAGAGAGAGAGAGAGAGAGGUAAAAUAAUGUAUUACUGAUACAAUAAUUACACGAAGAUUUACGUUACACGCUUUCAAUACAAUACUUAAACCUUUCGCCUCGCUGAUUUAGUCCGAGAAACGACGUAUAGAAGUAAUUAAAAAAAAAACAAAAUAUAAAAAAAUUACACAUCAAACUACCAGCCUAGUUAAAAUCGACAGAAUCGAGAGACGGAGAGAAAGAGAGUAAAGGAAGAAAAUGCAUGAGCGCUAGAGAGAGAGCAAAAACGUUUCAUAAACGAUAAAUUUAUUACUACUACUAUUAUUCUUACUACUAUCACUACUGCAACCACUACUAUUAUUAUUACUACUACUAU